CGGGUUCUUGGAGAUGCUGUUUGGCGACUUGUCGCCAUUCCCGGAGCACCUCGGCCUCGGCCCAGAGGCUAGUGUUGGUCGCUGUGUCGGAGACCCCGGUCCCCGGCACCGAGACAGCCAGCCCUCUCUCCUGCCCCGCGGCGGGAGAGCGUGUCCGGCCGGCCGGCGGGGCUCGCGACCCUCCCGCGCCUUCCCUUCCCCCGCAGCCUCCGCCCCGCCAGGCCCGGCCCGGACCUCCGAGCCUCGGCCUCCUCCUCCUCCUCCUCGGUCACCGCCGCCGCUGGGCCCCACAGCCCCACCUGCCGUUUCUUCUUCCAUUUUGAGAAGCUGAGGAAGGAAACAAGGAAAAAUGUCGCCAUGAAGGCCGAGAACCGCUGCCGCCGCCGACCCCCGCCGGCCCUGAACGCCAUGAGCCUGGGUCCCCGCCGCGCCCGCUCCGCUCCGACCGCCGUCGCCGCCGAGGCCCCCUUUGAUGCCGCAGAGCUCCCCCAGCGCCGCCGCUACCGCCUCCGACAUGGACAAGAACAGCGGCUCCAACAGCUCCUCCGCCUCCUCGGGCAGCAGCAAAGGGCAACAGCCGCCCCGCUCCGCCUCGGCGGGGCCGGCCGGCGAGUCUAAACCCAAGA